CUCCCCACUCAUCCUCUGCGCUGCUGCUCGUCCUCCCCGCUCCUCCUCUGCGCUGCUGCUCUUCCACUCCCGCUCCUGCUCGCCGCCGCUCUGCUCCCCGCAGCUUCCCGGCCGCGCAGCCAUGGCCGACAUGAAGACGGGCAUCUUCGCUAAGAACGUUCAGAAGCGACUCAACCGCGCGCAGGAGAAGGUUCUUCAGAAGCUGGGGAAAGCUGAUGAGACAAAAGAUGAACAGUUUGAAGAGUAUGUCCAGAACUUCAAACGGCAAGAGGCAGAGGGUACCAGACUUCAGCGAGAACUCCGAGGAUAUUUAGCAGCUAUCAAAGGCAUGCAAGAAGCCUCGAUGAAGCUCACUGAGUCGCUGCAUGAAGUCUAUGAGCCUGACUGGUAUGGGCGGGAAGAUGUGAAAAUGGUCGGAGAGAAAUGUGAUGUGCUCUGGGAGGACUUCCAUCAAAAACUAGUUGAUGGGUCCUUGCUGACACUGGAUACCUAUCUGGGCCAAUUUCCGGACAUAAAGAAUCGCAUUGCGAAGCGCAGCAGGAAGCUGGUGGACUAUGACAGUGCUCGCCACCAUCUGGAGGCUUUGCAGAGCUCCAAAAGGAAGGAUGAAAGUCGGAUCUCUAAGGCAGAAGAAGAAUUUCAGAAAGCACAGAAAGUAUUUGAAGAGUUUAAUGUUGACUUACAAGAAGAGUUACCAUCUUUAUGGUCAAGACGGGUUGGAUUUUAUGUCAACACUUUCAAAAAUGUCUCUAGCCUUGAGGCCAAGUUUCAUAAGGAGAUUGCAGUGCUUUGCCACAGACUGUAUGAAGUGAUGACGAAGCUGGGAGACGAGCACGCCGACAAGGCCUUCACCAUUCAAGGAGCUCCCAGUGACUCUGGCCCUCUCCGCAUCGCCAAGACGCCGUCACCACCAGAGGAGCCUUCUCCACUGCCCAGCCCCACAGCUAGUCCCAACCACACGCUGGCACCUGCAUCUCCUGCACCGGCCAGGCCCAGGUCACCCUCACAGACAAGGAAAGGGCCUCCUCUUCCUCCUCUGCCUAAAGUCACCCCGACAAAGGAGCUGCAGCAAGAGAACAUCAUCAGUUUCUUUGAGGACAACUUUGUUCCUGAAAUCAAUGUGACAACACCUUCCCAGAAUGAAGUCCCUGAGGUGAAGAAAGAGGAGACUUUGCUGGAUCUGGACUUUGACCCUUUCAAGCCCGAGGCAGCAUCUGCGGCUUCUGCGGGAGUGACCCACUCACCCAUGUCUCAGACAUUGCCCUGGGACCUAUGGACGACGAGCACUGAUGUGGUACAACCGGCUUCUGGGGGCUCAUUUAAUGGAUUCACCCAGCCCCAGGACACUUCGCUAUUCACAGUGCAGACAGACCAGAGUGUGAUCUCUAACUUGGCUGAAUCUGAACAGGCUACCCCAGCAGAGCCAAAAGCAGAGGAGCCCCCUGCCGGUGUGGCCCCUGCCGUUGGGCUGGACACUGGACCGGACACCGGGGCUGAGCGGCCAGUAGAGGGGGCUGUGACCACAGCCGGAGCCGCCGCCGAGGGGGCUGCCGGCACCCCGGCCGAGGCGGCCCCGGCGGAGGAGACAGAGGCCGACAAGGCGGCCCUUCCCCCAGCGGGAGGAGCUGGGUUAGAGGAGGCCUGGACGGAGGCUGACGCCGCAGAGGCUGGAGACGGGGACGGGUCCCAGGAGGAGAAGGAAACCGAAGCCGCAGCGCCGCAGGAGAAGGUCAUCCCUUCUGUCGUCAUACAGCCGGCCUCCAACAACGAAGGGGAGGGAGAACACGAAAUAUCUGUAGGUGCAGAGCCUAAGGAGGUGACCGACGAUGCAGCUCUCCCGGGCCCCAGCGGCGACACACCCGAGCCGGCCACAGAGCAGAGGGCAGACGGGGACUCCCAGACGGCGGCCACCACUCCUGCAAACGAGGCCUCUCAGGAGCUGCCUGCCGGCUUUCUCUACAAGGUGGAAACACUACACGACUUCGAGGCAGCAAACUCAGAUGAACUGACCUUACAAAGGGGCGAUGUGGUGCUGGUGGUCCCCUCAGAUUCAGAAGCCGACCAGGAUGCAGGCUGGCUGGUAGGAGUGAAAGAAUCUGACUGGCUUCAGUACAGAGACCUUGCCACCUACAAAGGUCUCUUUCCAGAGAACUUCACCCGGCGCCUGGAUUAGGGCCAAAGUAUUCUAGGUUUUUAAACCUUCAUGAAAACCUGAAGCACUCACUUUUGCUAUUACACUCUUGAUGAUUUACAGGCUGAUGCCAGACAAAGCUUGAGAAGAUAUAUCAAUGGAGCAUGUGUGCAAAAAAAUGUCAGAGAAAAAAGUAAAUUAAGGAAAAUGCCCUCACUGGUUUCCACAUUAUUGAUGACAGGUUUGUUUGUGCUUUGUCCAACCUGUGGAGACUCUUGUACUUGAUCCCCACCCAUCAAUUCUAAAGUAGCUUUUUCCAUACCAGAACCUUGAUUUCUCUGCACCAAGUGUAUGGUAUUGAAUGGCUGCCC